GCAUGGCUUAUUCUAGCUGAACAUAGCGGGCUUAUUAAUUGACUGAUUAAUGGCAGUGGGGGGUUAUACUAGCGAGCUGAUUCCUUUAGAAUAGUAGGGGCCCUACGGGCCCUUAGAAUAGUAGGGCCCACUUCGAGUCUUGACUGCAGUCCCAGCCCCCUACAAUUCUAUGGGGGCAUAACCGGGCGAGUUAAUUAAUCAGCUCGCUAGCCCUUUAGAAUAGUAGGGGCCCAGUCAAUUAAUUAACCUGCUAGCCCUUUAGAAUAGUAGGGGGCUUGAUUGAAACCCCCAGUCAAUUAAUGGACGCCUGCUAGAGUGACGGGGCUGGGGGCUCCUCGAAUUAACCCCCCCCCUACAAUUCUAUGGGCCCUGCUAGAUUAAUAAAGAGGGCUGCUCUCGCCCUACAAUUCUAUGGGGGCCCCCGGCAAGGGCUAGCAGGCGUACAUUAAUGGCAGAGGGUCUCGCCCUACAAUUCUAUGGGGGGCGCCCCUACUAUGUCGCCCUUUUUCAUAUUAUUCUAGCAGGCGUACAUUAAUGCCGAGGUAGCUCGAUUGUAGGGGGCUAGAGUAACAAUUCUAGUUGGUGGGAAGGGCUCGCUCGAUAGUUGUCCUCGGAGAGGUUGUGAGAAAUUGUCCUCCUUUAGUACACAUGACGACUAUUCAUACCUCAAUAACCGAACCCCUCGAGAAUAGGUCUCGUUCUUCGGGUCGACAUCGUUUCAUGCAUGAUCACCCCUUAGUGAAUAGGAAAUCGGAAACGUACAUUGCUAUUCUAGCGGAAAUACCCGGAAUGAUCAUACCACUUCCACCAGGAGUAGCCUUCUCAGUGUCAGCCGAACGUAAAGUAAUGGCUUUCGUGCAACGUCGAAAGGGUCCCAAUGUAGUUGGAUCGUUCGGAUUGUUACAACCUCUAGCAGAUGGUUCGAAAUCAGCUAUAAAAGAACCUAUUCCACCAAGUAGUGCCAAUUUCUCUCUCUCUAGACUGGCUCCAGUGGUGACAUCUAUGCUCAGUUCGGUUGCCCGGGCCGUUGUACCUUUUGAUUAUGGUAUGGUAUCGUCAGAUCCGGACAUAGGUAUACUUCAUCUGUCUGCAAUAUCCUCGCUAGGUGUUUAUGGAAUUAUCAUAGCAGGUUGGUCUAGUAAUUAGGGGGCGGCCGUUCGGUCGCCUAUGAUACUAGGGCCGAUGGGUCAAAAAUUGGUUCGUGCCGCAGGUGCUGAACGAUCUACUCUACACAGGUGUGGGCCGCGAAACGUCGACUAGCGGAAUAUGGAUUCUGGAUCGACUUCUCUAAUGACGCUUCAUCUAUCACACGAGUCUGCUGCAAAUCCGGUAAGAUGAAGAGCCGCAAAAGUAUGAUACCCUGGAAGGCACGAAAAGUUGGACGUAUGGAGCGACGGAACGAUCCAAUUCUCAUCACUCGACCCCCCACCCCCUACCCCCUACCCCCUACCCCUACCCCUAUCUUGAGAGGCGGAGGCGGCCUAAGUAGGGGGGGGGGUGAGGGCCACUAUCCACCCUAUCCAUAGUAGGGGGCACCCCCCACCUCUCUAGAAUAGCUCUAGAUAGGGCGAUAGGGAGAGGGCCCCGGGGGCACUCGGCCGGUCGGGGAACUCGACUGACUUUAGGAAGUCUCGACUGUUCUCCGGGAUGGGUGGGGGGAUCUAGAUAGGCCUCAAUCUCACAGCGGAGAGGUUUAGUGCAUGAAUGCCCCGCAGCAGAACCGCCGGGCGCUGUCUCCGUUCCUUACCCAUAAACAUCAUGGUGAACCUCUCCUUGCGAUCGGGAUGAGGUAGGUGCCUCCCAGCCGGCGGAUCGAAUCGGAGUUUCCUCGGGUGGCCACCGACCUACAGCGAUCCCCAAACUCCCGUGCUUGGUGGAGAAGAAGCGAACAAAGUGCUGCCUCCUUCCUCUGCCGAUGAAAAGCGGACUGGGAUUGCUCGCCAGCUGGGUCAGAUCGGAGCAACAUUGUAAACGGAUUACCCAUCUUCUUCCCAUUGGGGACAAGGGACGGAACGACCUCUCGAUCCGAUCUAUUCACUGCAGCCCAGGACUGCGUUCCCGUCUUGUCGCGUGUGUUCAUCCGCGUAUGGAUAUGGAUGAAUAGGGGCGGACAUUGUCUGGGCCAAGAGCCAUAGCGAGUUGCUGUUCCCGUUUCCAUGGGAUCGAUCCAGUUGUUGAUACCGGCAAGACCCAGCCAGAUGAUGUAUGCUGGUUGGUAGUGGGAGGACUUUAAGUACCCGGAGCGCUGCCCUACGUGCCUAUAUAUGGGUCCAAUCAUUUUGUUCCCUGCUCUUUAUCAGCAGCGGGAAAGGAGUCUAUCUAUCUGCCUAGCUCAGGUGGAAUUUCCCCGACGCAAUCCACAACCGGACUCGGGGGAGGAGUCCGACGACUCAGCAGCAGUGCGGAAUGGAGUUUCUCGAUGAACCGGUGGAUCUUCGGAAUCUAGAGUUCCGGGGGAAGGGGGCGAUACAUACCAAAAGGCAGUACA